GUCUACUUGAUAGACAGGGAUCAUGGCCACGAGCCUCGCCCAGCAGCUUGCAGGCAUCAGAGCCAAUGCCGCUGUACAAAAUAUCAACUUUCAAAAGCGAAAGAAGCUCCCUUCACUGCUCUUCUCGCCCUCAGAGGCAGCUGAUCAAGAUAUUGACCAAGUCUUUGCUAUUGCAGCCAACGGCUUCGAGGAGCUAGCUUCUAUUCAGCCUGCCUUGCGUUCCUUCGAGAGGACACUAUUUGCCGAAGAUGCAAAGCUCAUUGAUCGAGCAACGCAGACGCGUGCCCAAAAUGACAAGCUCGAGGCAAAGAUCCGUUCAUUCCUGGAUCAAGCGGCUCCCUACUUUCUGCUCAGGCCUACGCAGAAGUGCCUUGAAUGGCUCGUCAGGCGGUUUGAUGUGUGCUUCACGCUCCCAGAGUACCUCAUCCUCACCUUCAUGCCCUUCCACUCGACACCAACAUUUGCAAAGCUGCUUAGCAUCCUCGAGCUGCCACCGCAGUGGGCUUUCCUCGGUGCGUCCAAGAAGUCAAUGGAUCCUCCAGCCUUGUCGCUUCUUGUCAAGGCAUGCUGCGCGACGCCAACGAUGCUCACACUCCUCAUUGAGCAUGUCUGGGCACGCGUACAGACGAAUCGAGAGCAUUCACGCCAGGUGGGUCUCUAUGCAGACGUGUGCGUCAGGGCCAUUGCUCAUCAGCGAGAUUGCAACAUUGCUGAAGAAGAUAUUGUCAGUCGUUUUUUACCUGUUGCCGGUGAAGCCUUGGGACUGAGGGAGCAUCCAGAGUUCCAGAUCGCCAAUUACAUGGUCAUUGCCGUCUUGUCGGCUCGCGCUAGUCUUUCUGGUGAUGUCGUUGCUGUUGUGAUGCAAAAGAUUGUCUCAGGCUUCUCUGAUCAGUCCAAGCGCUCGGCACUCAUCUGCCUCGCCCAGCUUGUGCAGCAGCAAGAGGGUUUCCAUGCUUUGGCUGAAGGAGUCGCUUCUCAUCUCUUUACUCAGGAUGUGCUAGACUUGUGCAAGCAAUUCAGUGCAGACAAGCUGAUGACUAGUUUUGCGCUCUCUCUGUGUGUGUCGCGCACACCUGCAUCGGUCGAGGAAGUAGGAAGACUUUUGUCUAGUGGGCUCAUGACCCGUGCAGAGACAGUCUUUGUUUUGCAGGCCGUCGCCAAGCAAGUGCUCGAGUCAGCAGAACUGACAGACUACCGCGCUUCAGUCAGCAAGCUCUUGGAAGACACUCAUCUUCUCAAGUUCUUUGCUACAGCAGUCGGCGACAAGGUAGCUGACGUUGAACUUGCCCUACAAAUGACACUUACUAAGCCAGAGCCCAUGUCGAUUGAUGUCGCGCCUGUGCCGCAAAUUGAAGAAACCUUCAGCCUUCCUGUGCUUGGCGAUGAAGAGACUUGGCUUUCUCUUCUCGAUGCGCGAAAGCUGCUCAAUGAUCUCGUUGCUCCUGGUCAACUUGCAAAGACGCUAGCUCAGGUCGACGAUAAGAUCUCAUUCCUAGCACGCGUCUCGCUUUCUGCGAACGAAGUGACUCUGCAAGUUGAGGCACUCCGUCAGCUUGCAAGCAUGGUGAGCUCUAGCAAAGAUGACAUGCAAGGCUUGCUACCUAUUCUCAUCUGCUUGUUGUCCAGUAAGAGCGAGCAAGUGCGGACUGCCACAUUUGCUGUCAUUGAACUCAUUAGGCCACCCAAGACAAAGCGCAUCUGGGGUAUUGACGACUUGUAUGGCCCGCACAGCGCAGAUCUCAAAUGGCUCUCUGCUUCCGAAGUGCAGCACUUUCUUCAAGUCUUGUUGACUGAGAAGCAUGCUUGUCUUUUGGAUCAUAAGGUGAUUUACAAGACUGUCGGCAACGCUAUGCAAACGCACGGUCACAAGGGCAAGGAUCUCGCUCACAGAACAACGACGCUUCAUUGGCUCGCAAGCCACAUUCUGCACGCCCCAUUGGCGAAGAUUGUACUCAAGCUCCUCCUGUGCUUUGACAAGACGCCUGAGCCAACAUCUGCCAAAACACGCGCAGUUUCUCAAAGGCUGGAGGAAGUGAUAAACGAUGCUUCGCCCAUUGCCGCUCAAUGUCGCCUCGAGUUGAUUGAUGCGACCGUCAUCCAUCGCUUGCUCAUCCGGCAGGUGGUUGCUUCAGAGACAGGCGCGCUUCAAUUGCUGCUCAAACUGGUCCACGACCAGAAUGAUGUCUUCGGGCCACCUGCAAUCAUCUGGCUGGCCUCGCUGUACCCAUCCAUGAAGCGAGAAUACAAGGCAGAUUUUGUCAGGUCGCUUGUCAAUGGCAUCGUCGAUGGACCCUCGCAAGUCUCUCGCCAGGCCAAUGCGACGAUCGAUCAGGUUGAUCUGACAACUGACCUGCUUGCAGAGCUCAUCAAUGACGUCGACAUUGAGCCACUCACCGCGCAGGCCAAGCGGCUGAAGACUACAGCGGACAGUCCGGACAUUGCCCUGCGUCGAUUCACCUCGUUGUUGGAGGUGGUUGAACGGCAUGAGCCUCAACAACAUGCUUUAUUGCUUCCUCUGCUCUUCAGCAAGCUUAAUGAUCUUGUUGUUGCAGAAGCAGACUCGGAUGUAUCAGUCUCAUUCACUGAACAGCUGCUACUUUCUUGCAUGUUGCCCAUGGUAUCAACGGAGAAUGCCAAGGACUGCCGGGUUGAUAUUCUCAUUAGCUGCAUUCGUGGUUCCUCAUCACCUCAAGUUCACAAUCGCGCACUCUUGCUCGUCGCUGCGCUCGCAGAAGCAGCACCAGAGCAAGUCUUGCAUGGUGUGAUGCCCAUUUUCACAUUCAUGGGUGCCAAUUUGCUUCGACAGGACGAUGGAUUCAGUGCACAUGUCAUCGAGACGACUAUCCAGCAUGUUGUGCCGCCUUUGCUUGCUUCGCUCGGCAGCAAAGCAGAAGACCGUAUUCUUGGCGCUUCUGGCAUUUUGCAGAGCUUUGUUGAUGCGUUCCCACAUGUUCCCAAGCACCGUCGUCCAAAGUUGUUCGUUACCUUGGUGCAGACACUUGGCGAAGAGCAAUUCUUGGCGCCCUUGCUGGCUGUCUUUGCUCAAAAGCGUGCUGAAAUACCAGCCAGGCAAAAGCCGGCUCCUGGUGUGGAGUCCGCUGCUGCAUACUUGGACUUUUGUUUGCUUCUGCUGCGUCAGUUCCGUGCUCCCGUUCAGCUCGAGGCACUGCAAGCUCUGUCGGAGAUUUGCAGGCAAGUGCCAGACGAAGCACCAGACGUGCCAGAGCCCUCUCUCCUUUCUCAUGUUAAUGUUGAUCUCAACAAGUUGCGCACCAGCCUCGUCAAGGUGAUCGCAGCGCACCUGAGUUCCAAAAAGGUGCGGUCAGAGCUUGAAGUUGCUCCGCAAGAGCCGUUUGCAAAACUGGUCGAGUCGCUCCUCAUGCUAUGCGAUGAAGUCGAGGCAGAAGCUGCAGAUACAGCACUUGAUGCAUUGGACCGUGCCAUUACGCUCCUGCCCGCACCGCUCUUUGUGUCUGUAGUACAAGACUUGCUGUUGAAGAGCGAGUCUAUGCAAGUCAAGGCACUCGAAAUGAUUGCUGCUCGUGGCAGUGCAGAUAUGCCGACACUCGUUGGCAAAGUUGCUGGCCUGGUUUCUGAUGGACCUCUUUUGUGCUCGGCGUUGGAAACGCUCAGCACCCUCGGUCGGCGCUUUGGUAAGCAAGAGCCUGGCAUCUUUGUGCCUGUUGCUGAAGCAGUCGUAUCGCUGGAAACAACUGACAUGCUGGCCAAGAUCCAAGCAGUCGACACGACAACAACGCUUGCUGUUGUGCUUGGUCCUCGCAUCUUGCCCUUUUUGCCACGUUUCAUGCCGCAAGUUCUGGAGCAGCUCACCAGUAUUAGCAAAGAAGAAGAUGCUGAUUUGUUGCCUCUGGCUACUUGCUCUCUGCUCGAAUCGCUCGUCAAGACUAUUCCAAGCUUUAUGACGAGCUACACUGCACCCAUCAUGCAGCGUGCGGCCGAUUUCCACCUUGCCACGGACGAGCUUGCCAAUGAGAAAAAGUCCUUGCUCUCAACUCUAGCCACGAGCAUGCCAACGCGUAACGUGCUUGGUGCCAUUUCAACCGCAUGGACAGCAUACGGCAAGGUGGCCAACAAAAAGUCAUUUGUUGCACUCAUUGCUGUGCUGGAGGAGACGAUCGAGCAAUCCACUCGGCAGUUUGUCACGGGCUCCUCGAAGGAAAUAUUGUCUUUAUUCUUGCAAGCGUUGGACAUUCGCGGGCAGUCAAAGUCUUGGGAUGUCAAGGGUAUCGAGCAGGUUGAGAAGAAAACGAUUGCUGCAUUACUCAAGGUGGUGCUCAAGCUCAAUGACACAACUUUCAGGCCACUCUUUUUGAAGUUGAAGGGUUGGGCAUUUACCGGCACGGACCAGCCUGCAGCAUCUUUGGCGCGUCAAAUCACCUUUUUCAAUUUCAUGGUGCAAUUCACCUCGACAUUUAAGGGCAUCAUCCUCAACUAUUACAACUACCUGCUUGAGGACAUGAUUGAGCUCCUACAAAGUCAGCCCAAUCGCAAAUUGUGGGUUGGUGUCGUGUCGAGCUUGACAUUGGCAUUUCGACAUGACACGCAAGAGCACUGGAAGAAUGUCCUUGCUGGCGACAAGGCCGAACAGCUCAUCAACUUGCUCGUCAGUCAGCUCGAUGCCGCUUCCACAUACCCGAGUCAGAUUGCCGUGCCGGCCAUUGUUGAACUCACCAGUGCGUUGCAAGGAAGCGAGCAGUUCACCAAGCAUCUCAAUACGCGCGUGCUCGCUCGCUUCAGACAUGAAGAUGCACAAGUCAGGCUUUCGGCAGUCUCGUGUGAGAAUCAACUGUGUGCCAAGCUGGGGGAAGAAUGGCUGGCUCAUGUGCCGCAGCUGAUUCCGUUUAUUGCCGAGGCACUCGAGGACGAAGAUGAGCGAGUCGAGCGGAUGGCGAGCUCCCUAGCUAUUACCAUCGAAGGCUUUUUAGGUGAGAGUCUCGAUAAAUAUCUUAAGGUCUAGCUUGAUUUAUUCAAAUA